AUGAUCAAAUUGCCUACCCCAUCUGUUCAAACGGCUGAGAAGGAACACCCCGCCGCCACUGCCGGUCUCGUCAUACCCACAUAUGAUACCACACGCGUCUCUUAUUCGACCCCGCCAGCCAUGAAAAGCCUCACAACUACCCAAGACACCAAUUACCACUCGUGA